AUGAGGAACCCUUUCGAUAUGUCCGAUCUGGACUCGCUCAUCGACGAGCAAGAACAGCAGGAGCGCUAUGUUGAUCUUCACGCUUACUCAUCGCACGAUGGCCAUCGCGGUCUAUUACAGCACGAAAAUCGUCGCAAUGACAACCUGAAGGAUCGGUUUAUUGGGGCCAUCGACACGGGUACCACCAGUUCCCGUUUUAUCAUCUUCGACUGCACUGGUGUUCCCGUAGCGAAGUAUCAGACUGAGUUUCGCCAGAUUCAUGAAUACUCUGGAUGGCACGAACAAGACCCCUUCGAGCUGGUGGAUUCCGUUUACAUUUGUAUCGAAGAAGCGAUGAAGACCUUCCUUGCCCUGGGCCACUCCACCGACGAAAUCGAGGCUAUUGGUAUCACUAGUCAACGAGAGACUGCAGUGUGUUGGGAUUGGGAAACCGGCGAGCCUCUUCACAAUGCCAUUGCUUGGCCCGAUACCCGGACCAAGGGCUUGGUCCGCGAGCUGAAAGCCAAACCCGGAGCAGACGAGCUCAAGAACAUUUGUGGUCUUCCGCUGUCUACCUACCCUUCCUCCGUUACCUUGGUAUGGAUGCUUGAGCAUUUGCCCGAAGUCAGGGCCGCAUAUGAGGAUGGAAGACUCGCUUUUGGUACUGUCGACUCGUGGCUCAUCUACAAUCUGAAUGGCGGUGUCGAGGGUGGUCGCUUGGUCACCGAUGUGACUAACGCCUCCCGAACAAUGUUCAUGAACCUGGAAACGCUUGAUUAUGACGAUCGAUUGCUCAACUUCUUCGGGCUGGACAGGAACAAGAUCCGUUUACCUCUUAUCCUACCGUCCGCGGACCCGGACGGAUACGGAUAUGUUAGCUCGGGACCUCUAGAAGGCAUUCCUAUUACUAGCUGUCUUGGUGACCAGUCCUCCGCGUUGGUGGGUCACUGCGCCUUCACGCCGGGAAGCGCCAAGAAUACGUAUGGUACUGGAUGCUUCCUGCUCUACAACGUUGGCGAGAAGCCGGUCAUCUCGAAGCAUGGUCUCCUGGGCACUGUGGGCUUCCAACUGGGCAAGCAUCGGAAACCUGUCUACGCUUUGGAAGGUAGUGUGGCUGUUGCAGGCAGUGGUGUUUCUUUUCUGAUGAACAACAUGGGUUUCUUCCGUGACUCGCGCAAAGUCAGUGACCUUGCGGCCUCCGUGCCCGACAGCGGCGGUUGUGUCUUCGUCACGGCGUUCAGUGGCUUGUUCGCACCCUACUGGAUAGAUGAUGCCAAGGGCACUAUCUUUGGCAUUACGCAAUAUACUCAGCGCGGGCACAUCGCAAGAGCCACUAUGGAGGCUGCCUGUUUCCAAACCAAGGCUAUCCUUGAUGCUAUCGAGGUUGACAGUGGGCACAAAUUGACUCAGCUUGCCGUUGACGGUGGAAUGAGCAAUUCUGACAUCUGCAUGCAGACUCAAGCCGAUGUUAUCCAAAUUCCUGUCGAACGACCCGCUAUGCACGAAACCACCGCUUUGGGAGCCGCCAUCGCCGCCGGCUUCGCCAUCGACGUUUGGAAGGACUUCAAUGAACUCAAGAACAUGAACCGCGCCAACCGCACCACCUUCGAGCCCCACAUCUCCAUCAAAAAGAGUGCGAGGAUGUACAAACAAUGGUCCAAGGCCGUCGAGAUGUCUCGCGGCUGGACCGACACGGGUGAUAUGGAUGGUGAAGACGAAGAAGAGUAG